CACAAAGCAUACAUACACACAAAAGCAGAUUUGUGAACUAAGUUAUUUUAAAUUUGAUUUAUUUGUAAUUCUCCAUGUAGUUUUCAGCUGAUCGCUUAAAAGAGUAGAACAUUUUGCAAAAGCUGAGGAACACACCACGGGGAUACAACAUUGCGCUAAUAACAAGAUGUGAAUCCGUGACUAGCAAUUGGCUUUGGUUAUGUGCCAAGAGAUUCCGUGGCAAGAAGUCCCUUUUGAUCUGUGCGUAGGAAAGAACUACGAAUUUUGAGAAACCAUGAGUCAUUUGCUGUGGAUGAUAUGUCCAAGUCGCGUUUAUGCCAUACAUUUAAUAUCUAACGUAGAAUGUUUUGAUGAUAUCACAAAGAAAACAUCAGAACCAGAAAAGAACACAAACCUGCUGACAAAUUUGGAUAAGAAAGAGUGCUCCACUGCUUUUUGUAAAAAACGAGUUCUGAAUGAUGACAUACCAAGAAAAGCUCCGAGAGAACGGCCGAAACGAGGUGCAUUGCUAUUUAAAGGCAUCGCAAGAAUGAAGGAAAUAGCAACAAAAAGGAGUUUCAAAAUCAACACGCAGAAGGAGAUUAUUGAUUACUCUCCAUCGUCGAGUCACACAACAAUUUUGGUCAAUAAUGCCGCCACAGAAGACACUCGUGUGCGAAAAACACGAGAAAUACUAAGGGAAAGGUUUUAUUAUUCCUCCACCCAAACAAUUAUAAGUAUAAAGUUACCAUCCACUAUGCUUGUGCAAAACUUAAUUCAAUGUCUCCACCGAACAAAACAUUCCGUACAUGAAAACAAUAACACAAUUUACAGACUUACAUAUCAGAUUGCGGUUCUAGAUAUAAGCUCCUUAAUGAGACUCUUAUGUAGCUAUUUUUCUGGUCGGUGUUAUGUUUCUGCGGAUAAGAUUUAUAUUCGCAGUGCUGCAGAAUGGGAGUUGUCUAUUAAAUAUUUUGCUGUGGUCAGGAAUCGCAACAGAAGGGAACAAAGGUUAGACCUCUUACUUGAUAUUGCUGUAGCCUGCUAUAUAGCUGCUAUUUCUAAUAUUGAUAUUUUGGACGGAUUAAAAACAACAGCCAGCAGUAUUACAGGAACAGCUGCCGCCAACACAGCUACUUUCGGUCUUGAAACAGCGGCGCAGGUGGUUGGUAAUGCGGUUGCUGGUGCCGCCAUUAGCGCCAUCGUUGAUGUAGCAGUAUCUUCCACGUCAAUCUAUUUAGCAAAAAAACGGAAAGACAAAGGUGAAAUAAGCGAAAAAGAAUUUUCAACAAAAGUAAAGAAAACAGUUUGUGAAUCAAGCCUAAAGUUUGUGGGCGGAACAACAGGUUCCAUUCUGGGUCAGGUUUUGAUACCAGUACCCGUUGUAGGUGCAUUUGUGGGAGGUUUUUGUGGAAGCCUUAUUGGCUCUGGCAUCGGUAAGGGUAUUAACUAUGGCAUAAUUGACCGCAUUGCUAAAAAGAAACAAGAAGAUGAACAAACAAGCAAUAUAGAAGCAAAUAACCUCCAAGUGCAUAAAAGAGAGAGACGCGGCUACGUGCCCAAAAUAACAAUUUACAAUGAAUCCGAGAAUUGCUUUCAAGAAAAAACUUUCGAAAAGCCAAAAUCAAAGGCUGUGAUAUGGCGGGAAUCUGUAGUAAAAAAGAAGAGAGAAAAGAGAAUGGAUGUUCGUCCAUUUUUAACACGAUGGAAGAAUAAUUCUGCCAGUCAAGAAAACGAGGAACCAACCGGAUCCUCCAAAGAAAGAAAGAACGGCAAUGAAUCAGUUUUUUCGAAAUGGAAGUUAACUGUUGGAAAGAGUAAGUUAACUACAGAACAAUCUAUAUACAGUGCAACAAACUGUAUCUCUUCUGAAUCUCUACAAGCACCUCCAAAAGAUCAUAGCAUUAUUGUGCCCUAUCACUGUCAAAACUCCUGUGACGGAAGUUCUGUUAAUAACAGUCAAGCCAUGCAAGAACGAGUGCCGUCUUCGCUUAGGCGACUUCACGAGUCCUUUUUAAACAGAGCUAACCGAAAAGAUGUAAAAGCUGAAAGUGUGGAGCAUGACGGGGAAGUGAAAAAAGACGAGGGUAAAGCCGACGUAAAAACGAACGAGUUCGAUAGCCUGAUGAAGAAGUUUUCAUGGACGAAACAAAGAAAAAUUGAUGAAAGCGAUACGACAGAAAAGCCAGACGACAAGCGACUCUUGUCCAAAUUGUCAAUAAAAUCGAUAAAAAGCACGAUCCGUUCACUCAGUAAUUCAUCCGACGAGCAGCGCACGAUAGGAAGCAACAAUAGUGUAAACGAUUCAAGUAAAAACGAUAGCUCGUGUAUCGACAACAACGAAACUGAUUUUAGCAGAUGGUACAACUCUUACAGCUCGGCAAUCACAAGUGAAGAAAGUAGUGACUCGGUUUUUUUUUCACCGCAAGUAGAGCAUACAUUCUGCCGUUCGAGCAGCGCUUAUGAACAGAACAACCACAGGGAGAGAAAAUAUGGGAGGUUACAAAGAUUUUCUUUUUAUUCAACUAACGGUUCUGUAGACGCAGAAGGCAACGUGUACUCAGAGCAUGGGCACGGUGGGAAAAAUUUAAAUAAAAAACAACGCCGGACUGGAGCGUUUGGAAUUGUUCCUAAGAGUGAAGAAUCAGAAAUCUCAAAGUCACAUGAAAAAUCAUCAGCUCAAUUUCUAGAAGAACAAUCAAGUUUUGGACAAAAAGCCAAAAACCUCCUCGAGCUAACUAGAAAAGAAAGCAUGAAAGAAUUCUUUUCGUUUACCUCCUUUAAAAGAAAUGAAAGUGCAGUUCCGUCUAUGACAAAGAGCAAUAAAACAUUCGAAAGCAAAGUUAUACAUGAACAUUCUAAAGAAAGCAAUCUAUCCUCCUCCUUAGAUGUUUUAGCACGUUCUUCUACCGUUUGUGAGAACACUUCAAAAGAAAGUCGUUCCUUAAGUGUAAGUGCUCUGUUUUCGCCCAAUUAAAUAAGGAAUCAGGAAAUGGACUUUGAUACUAUGAACGUACAUCUGAAAAGCAAGUUAACCGAAAAAAUCGGUUAUGGAAAUUUCGUCAAGGUAGAGCGAAAGAGCAACGCAAACGACGGAAUUGGCGACCAUUUACAAACGCGCUUGGAUAUAAAGAAACCAGUCGAUAAAAAUACGCAUGUAAAAAAAGACCUCAUGGCUGGUAACGAAGAAAGGUUUCGUGCAGAAGAGAAGUAAAGUUAUAUUUCCUUAAAGAAAAAAAAUUGAAAAGAAAGCACUGUACGAUAGUUUCGAGAGACAGAGUUUAAUUCCGAUUUAGGUGUUUUAACCCGAAAACUAAUCCUAAAGGAUUGCACAGCAAAUAAGCACGUCUGUUUUACUAAUGUGAUUGUGAAAAGAAAUUUAAGCGUGAGUAAAUCUUUAAUGCCCAAUUGUUCCACACACGGACAGCAUAUUUCAAAUUAUUAAGUAUACAAUAGUAUGACUUUAUAUGCUUUAAAAAUCAGGACUUGAUAACUUAACCAAGUUACCAUUAACUUAACGAAAAUAAUUCAUGCUCGUAGGCCAAACAGAUAAUGUGAAAAAUUCGCGGUAAUAUUUAGGAAUGCCAAUUUUCGCGCAUCUGCGAAAAAAUUUAAUAGGCGCGAUUUCCGUUGCGCAAAAAUAAGUUCAAAUAUCGUAUGCUACCAAAAUGGUUUUUCGCAAAAAAUAGAAAUAAAAAUAUUGAGAAAUUGAUUACUUUUGUGUAUUUGAAGGUGCCAAUUGUAAAGAAUAUGGAGCGCUAGAAACGAAUUAAACGGUGUCAUAUAGCGUACAUAUCAUAUGGCAGACACCUUUUAUAGCAGACAUAUACCAUAUAACAGACACCUAUUAUAGCGUACAUACCACAUAACAGACACCUAUUAUAGCAGACAUACCAUAUAACAGACACCUAUUAUAGCGUACAUAUCAUAUAACAGACACCUAUCAUAGCGUACACACCACAUAACAGACACCUAUUAUAGCGUACACACCAUAUAGCAGACACCUAUCAUAGCGUACAUACCACAUAACAGACACCUAUUAUAACAGACAUAUCAUAUAACAGACACCUAUUAUGGCAGACAUACCAUAUAACAGACACCUAUUAUAGCAGACAUACCAUAUAACAGACACUUAUUAUAGCGCACAUACCAUAUACACGUUUUUGUUUUUAUAAGCAACUGGUUGCUACAAAACUGAGGCUGAAAUAUAGUCAAAAAUUAAGCAACUGCUAAGCAACUUAGGCUGAAUUCUACUACACACUUAGCAACCACUUAGAUCAGUCUUCCACAAGAAGGGGACAGAAAGAAUAUUUUCAACAUAAAACAUCUCUUCCUACAUAUAUAUAACAAAAUAAUAAAGCCCCUAAAAUGCAAAGUUAGUCAUCUAGUCCUUUAAAGAUAUUGAACA